UUCGUCGGCGGUGACCAAAGUUUCUAGCUCCUGCCGGCGUAGGUCAGCAUUGUCUGACUUCUUCUUUUUCAGGGCCGGUUCCUAAAACCCUAUUUCUGCCACCUAAACAAAUACUACACACCGACACGCGUCGAUCAUUUCACAUCAAGUUUUCUUCAGCAGGCGCAUGGGGAUGGUAUGUGUGUGUACUAUCUACUGAAUGCAGAUAGGGUUUUCACAUUUGGAUCUGUCGACUUCAAGCUCUGUUGAUCUCGUUAAAACCAAUGGUGAAUUUUAAGCUUUGUAUAAUGAUGUCAGAAAAUACCAUCAGAGAUCUUAAUAUACUACCUAAAUCUGAAAAUCUUGAAACUAAAGAAACACCAAACAUGGUAAAUGGUAGGGUUGCUGAAAUAGAAUACAUUGAAUCUGAGAAAUUGGAUGAUUUUGAAGACGUUGACAAGAGUCUAAAGAUGCUCUUAACCGGUGUAGACACAAAAGAUUGGGUUUUACUCUGUGAAACACUCAACAAUGUACGUCGUUUCUCCAUAUACCACAAGGAAGCAAUAAAAGAUAUACUGGAAAGAGUGAUUACCCUAAUUGUAAAAUCCCUCAAGAAUCCAAGAAGUGCAGUUUGUAAAACCGGAAUCAUGACUUCCGCCGACAUUUUCAAAGCAUUUGGUGACCAAAUUAUCGAAUUUUUAGACCCGUUGCUUUUACAACUUCUUUUAAAAUCCUCACAAGACAAACGGUUUGUAUGUGAGGCUGCUGAAAAGGCAUUAAUAGCCCUCACGACAUUUGUUUCUGCUUUUCUACUUUUACCAAAACUACAACCUUAUCUUAAGAACCGAAACCCUCGGGUAAGGGCAAAAGCGUCAAUGUGCUUCUCGCGUAGUGUCCCACAACUGGGUGUGGAGGAAAUGAAAGCAUAUGGGAUGGAGAAACUGAUUGAAAUAGGGGUAUCACAAUUGAGUGAUCAGUUACCUGAGUCACGUGAGGCUGCACGUGCUCUCAUUUUGGAGUUGCAUACUGCAUAUGAAAAGUAUUAUUUUUUGGCAACAUGUGAAGAAGAACAACAAUAUUCUUGGGAACAAUUUUGUGAAUUAAAUCUGUCUAAGUUAAGUGGACAAGCCGUCCUUCGUGUCACGAGUGCUGGUCGUGACUCGUGAAUUGUGAGUUUGUAUAUUUUAAUUUAUUUUGAGUUUUUGACAUAUGAUUCAGCCAACAUUUUACAAGAGUUUUGUUGGCAUUUGGUGUCAUAAGUUCAUUUCUUUAGUAGGUAGAUUGUUGAGGUUGUUAUCUUUCACGAGAUUGUACAUUAUGUAUUAUUACUUGUACUUGCUAAACAUUGGAAGUAGAUAAAAUACUAGUAUUUACCAAAUGUCAAGAGAAAUUAAAUA